ACGUCAGCGUAUUCCGAGCAUGCCUACAAAGGUCGAAAAUAAACAAAGAGCCAGAAAAGAUCCUCGCGCUAUUUCAGUGUAAAUUGUUUUCGAGUGUGCGUUUAGCGUCCAGUCAGCCAUGGAAAACGUCUUUUCGUGUCGAGCAAGUGUUUAUUUAGAUCAAGGAGGCAGGAAAUACAUGGAGGAUUUUGUUCAGAUUAAACAGGAUGAUGAGCCGAGCGAGGACGAGCUGAACGCCGCUGCUGCGGAGCGUGGCGAGGCGGAAGUGGAGAAUGCCAGCGAUCAGCUUGAACGGACUCCCGCGGACCGAGCGCAAAGCCUUCCGACAGAGGGAUCGCGACUUUCUCCGCCGAGAUCCAGUGUCACAGCGGUAGAGGAUGAUGAAGUGGAUUGCGGUGUGGUGAGGAACAGUCGUCGUUCCCGGGCUGUGGCUUUUUACGCGGUGUUUGAUGGGCACGGCGGCCCCGACGCGGCGCGGUACGCCCAGACUCAUCUGUGGGAUCUGAUCAAAAAACAAAGAGGCUUCUGGUCAACCGACGACGAAGAGGUUUGCUCAGCUAUACGGAAAGGAUUCAUUGCCUGCCACCAUGCCAUGUGGAAGAAACUGCCGGAAUGGCCAAGGACAGCGACUGGCCUCCCCAGCACAUCUGGAACAACUGCAAGCGUCGUCGUAAUUCGCCGCGAUCGUGUGUAUGUGGCCCAUGUUGGAGACUCGGCUGUGGUUUUAGGGGUGCAGGACAGUCCCGCUGAUGAGGUGCUUCGUGCAGAAGAAAUCACACAGGAUCACAAACCUGAGCUACCCAAAGAGAGGAAAAGAAUCGAGGGACUGGGAGGGAGUGUGAUUAAAAAAUCUGGGGUGAAUCGAGUGGUGUGGAAGAGACCCAGGCUCACUCACAACGGACCAGUCAGACGAAGCACGGUCAUUGAUCAGAUUCCUUUCCUCGCUGUAGCUCGAGCUUUAGGUGAUCUAUGGAGUUAUGACUUCUACAGUGGAGAGUUUGUAGUUUCACCUGAGCCUGACACCGCUGUUAUCAAGUUGGACCUAAAACGGCACCGCUACAUCAUCCUGGGCAGCGAUGGCCUUUGGAACAUGGUUUCACCACAAGAAGCAGUAUCCAUGUGUCAGGAGACUGAUAGGGCCAAGACUAAGUGCCAAAAGACAAGGGAAAAUGUUUGUAGUGCCCAGGAGCUGGUGAACCAGGCCCUUCAAAGAUGGAGUCAGCGCUUGCUUCGUGCCGACAACACCAGCGCUAUAGUCAUUUGCUUGGAGCCAGUAGGGAUGUUUUCUGAACCUUUGCCCCCAUAUGAAGUUGUGUACAACCUGCACGGAGCAAAGCCAUGCUCUACUACAGAGUCUCCAUCCAGCACGCCACACAUCCAGGUGAUAGAUGUGCCUUCUCCUGGUUGUGAACUGGAUUCUUUGGGUGAACGGAAUGCUGACAGCGGGACGAGCGGUUCUGAAUUAUCAAAGUCUGACUUUCCUAGUAAAGAUCUUAGUGACAAGAGCUUGAACAGUGGCAAGAAUAGUGACAUAGUGCCCACUGGCAAACGGAUGCUGGAGGAUCUCUCCACCCCUGCAGGAAAGAGGGCACGGCGUAGUCUUCCUCACAGCCACGCUUCCUCAUGCACUACACGUCGGAGGUACAGUGAGCGUCCUUCUCUAAGACGUGGGAACAAAAAUCAGAAGCAGUCCAACAAAGUACAAGGUCUAUUACAGGAGCACGGAAACGCUACUGUAUGCGUUUGCUAACGCUCGUCUUGUGUCUGGUUUUUUGAUGCACUCUCACGCUUGUGGUGGAUGGUCACAAACUCAGAUUAACUUCUUAUAAGCUACUGAGGAACCAGGCUCUAGUGUUAGAAGGUAAAAAUGUAAGAAUGGGUUAAUUUUAAGAGUAAUGCAGGCAUGACAAUGCAAUAUAGUGUACUGCUUUUCAUCUGCCAUAUUGUGGCAAACCUGUUUUGUUCCAGUUUUUUCCGGAUCAUGUAAAAUAUUGGAAGGUCUGUUAAAUGCCCCAAAUUUCUGUGUCGCUUGUCACCUUCUCAACAGUGUUUGUUUAAUCUUGUAAUGCUGCAGUCCAGUCACCUACACAUUUUUGGCCUUGUACGUAUUUGGGGCUCAGACACUUUAUGUUGAAGAAUUCCUGCUGUCUUCCAUUCGCCGUAGUGGAACGAUCAUGUGAAAACUUCAACAGAAAAAUGCAUAUCUUCCGGGAAGAUAUUUCUCCUCGCAGAUGACCUGUACAUAUUCCAAAGAACAAUUUUAAAGAGUGACGUUUUACUUUGAGCAAUUCAAUAAUCUAUGUAUUUUUAUACACUUUGUUUUACAGAACAAAGAAGGCACAGUUUCUACUAGCAUGGAAUCUUAAUCUCUUGUCACUAUGUAUGAUCUUACCUCGUCCAACAAGCAAGAAAUAUAUACACGUCAAAGUCGAAGUUUUUAAAAUACAUAUUAGCAUUAUCCAGCAUCUCAUUUCCAGAUUAAUGUUUGUUACAUUGGGUUUAUUAUUUUUUUUAAGUUGUUUUUGUUUUCUUAUCUGUGAGACUUUUCAUGUGCGACUUAAGGUGCUGCUAUGUUUAACCAGGUAAAUAAAAAAAAAUCUUGAUAAACUAAAUUAAAAUGUGUUGACUUGCCACCCAAAGUCUUGUGGUAUUCAAGUAGAACAAGGUUUCCAAAGUGACCAGCUCUCAUCUUUAUACACAAAAUAAACUCCUUAGCAGAGUUGCUAUGUUCAGGAUCUAACUAACUAGCUAACGUUAGUCUUAUUAGCUAGCUAUAACUAUCAUACAGGUGCAUCUCAAAAAAUUAGGUUAUAGUGGAAAAGUUAAUUUAUUUUCCCAUAAUUUAAUUAAAAACGUGAAAUUUUCAUAUAUUAUAGAUUCAUUACACAUAAAGUGAAAUCUUUCAAGCCUUUUUUUCUGUUUUAAUCUUGAUUACGGCUUACAGCUCGUGGAAAAAAUCCAGCAUCUCAAAAUAUUAGAAUAAAGAAUUUAUAAUAGAGAACUUUACCACGAUACUCUAAUUUUUUGGAUAUUUUUUGUGUAUUUCUAUGUAUAUUAACUAUCAUUACCUGCUAGCUAACAUUGUUAGAGAUUGCUACCUAAACACUAACUGCCAGCUAACAUGCAGUAGCUCUGUUAUUAGCUACCCAAGUUACAAUGGACACUAGCUAACAUAUUUGUCAUUAUCUACUUAACUAUAGUCACGGUUCUUUCAAGUGAUGUAGUCUACAGAGGGAACUCGGAAGGGGAAACACCCAUGCAAGACAUUUGUGGUGUCAUUCCAACCUGAAGUACUGAAAAGCCUUUAACGGCACUUCUCAGUCUGUUUUGAAUUAAACUGAUGGACAUAACGAUAUUUUAUCCGUGCUAUUACAAAAAUAUCCAUAUAUAAAUAUAACUAUAAAUAUACAUCAAGAAAAUAUACUUUAUAUACAGUAUGAAGGAAACUAGUAACAGCAUGCCGAUAGUUUAGCUCCUAGUCUGAACGCAUUUAUCAACCACGACGUUCGUGUUUGCUUGUGGAUACUAUGAAUAUUAACAUUAAUUAAAGUUAAUACUCAUCAUAGAAAAUGCAUUAAACUUUUUUUCACAACAUGUGUUAUUGUAUUGCCUGCUCUACGUUUGUUUAUACCAGAGGUCGGGAAACUUUUCAGCUGGCAGAGCCGUAAAAGCCUCAAAGAAAAGUUAUGAUUUUUUUCUUUAAAGACCCAGAGAAAGGUUAACAUAUUUUUUUGACGUUUUAUAUGUCUUAUUAUUAUUAUUAGUUAUUAUCUUUAUUAUUUUUGCAUAAUUAUGAAAAGUGGUACUGUAAUAAAGGCCAUUUCACAUUUUGCGUGUUCUUGACUUAAUAGCUUACACUUCACCGCCUGUAGGUUGCACUUGGACUUUAUUUAACCAACUAUGAUCGUUUCAUCAAAUGGUAAAUCAGUACAGGAUGCAGUAGGUAAGUAAGAGUAAAUUGAACACUACUUACCAUUAAUGCAACUUCCAAAUAUGCAAAUUCAUUUGUGCAUUUGGACUGGAAAGUACGAUACUCGUAGUAUUUUUUUUCUUUUAGCCAUUUCACCUUGGUGAAAAAACUGUAAACAGUCCAGCUAUGUAGUUUUCAAUUGAUUUAUGAAUUAGACUGGGAAUUAGACACUCUGCUCCACACAUUGUGCAGUGAAAUUUGGGCCUGUUGUGCCACAUCGAUCGGUCGGUGUAUACAUGACACACAUGCAUCAAUUAUGUAAUAUUUUAAAAUAUGUAGAGUUUUAAUUGAAUUGACACACUAGCUUUCUUGAUUCGUGAUUGUUUUUAUUUAUUUUUCCCCACCGUUGAGCCAUAGGUUGAGAGCCUAAUAUUGACUCAUGCGCUAUAGGUUCCUGAUCCCUGGUUUAUGCUACCAAAAUAAUUGGUGCUUCCAUGGUAUAAGCCAAGUUUAUGGUUCUAAUAUCAGGUGUUCUUUUUUUUUUUUUUUUUUUAAAGUUAUUAUUAACAAAUAGAUUGUCACACAUAGCUUUCUUGUUUUCUUUAGAAAUUUCUUCUCUUUCUUAGGGGACCAAGCACCAAUGGUGGAGAGACCCUAUUGUUUUUUCAGUUUUUUUUUCUUAAUAUUCUAUUAUUUCUUCUUCUUCUGCUUCCUCUUCCUCUGACCCAGUGGUGGCACUGUAUUGCAUGGCUUUAAAUUUUGGCCAGUAUCUCAUGAACCUUAAAUCCUACUGAUUUCUUGGGUUCUCCCAAACAAAAAGCCUCAAGAGCAAUUUAGAUUUGCCCACUUAGAUUUUUAACUAAUUUGCAUAACAUGCAAAAACUACUUUUUCAAACUAGUCCUAGGAUUUUGUCCUAUGUUAACAAAGAUGGUGUCAAACUACUCAGGAGAGUUUAAACGUCCAUAAUUAUCAAAAAUAGGUCGACAUUUAUAAAUAAUAUGGCUGCCACAAGCAGAGCCUGAUUUACUCAAACUGUUGUAACUCAUGAUUGAUUGCAGAGAUUCACACAAACAAUGAAAGGUCUAUUUAUACAGGAAACGUUUCUGAGGAUGUCUCCACAAUUUGGGGUGUGGCCGUACAUACUGGGCCGGGACUAUGUUCGGAUAAUUGUUUCUGAUAACCUUGAAUGGUAUUUUCCACUAGGAACCCAGGAGUAAGUGAGGCAAUUUCACUCGAAUUGAUCACUAGGGGCACUUUUCAUGUUUUUGCACAUAAAAACAAGCAUAUCUCUUGUUAAAAAAGGUGUACUGUGAAACUUCUUUUUUUUUCAUAAUUUUAUGGAAUAGAGCUGCAAUAUAGUGUAAAACAGUGAGAAAAUAUCUUCUUUUAUGUCAUGAAACGUAACAGUAUUUGGGUUUGGAAUGACAUAGAGGGAAGUCAUUGACAACACAAUUUUUAUUUUUAGGUGAAAUAUCCCUUUAACUUGGCGCACAGUGGCUUAGUGGUUAGCAUGUUUGCCUCAC